GGUCUCUUCUUUCUAAUAUUUUCCACCUUCUACUCUUUUUCACUUUUGUAUCUAAUAAAGCAAAUUAACACGAGCACAUGUCGACCAUGUAUGGUGAAACCAGCUACAAGCUUGCAAAAGAAGCAAAACGUACAUCCGACAUGCUCAUAUCCACAUACAAUGACGAUCUGGUACAAAGUGUGUGUCGCGAAAUCCGAAUGCUAAAUGCGCGUGCCGGUGCGAGUCUUCGAGAAAUGCGCAACAGCGACAACAGCCCGCUCAACGUGCCCUCACAAAUCACACAAAUCAUGCUACACCAUCUUACCAUCAAACGUAACAAACGGAUUCUAUUUGCAUACCAUCACCAACGAUUGGAAAAGCUCAAAGAACUGUCAUGGAGCGUUGGACGGCAGAAUCAGGAACGAAAAAUCAAAGAGGCGCUCAGCAAAGAGGAAAACGAUUUCUUGGAAAGAUACGGCGACUUGGUUAGCGACUACAAGAGCCACUUUUUGGAUAUUGAUUUGGGGGGCAAUGGAGGUGUGGGCUUGGAUCCUCCACUAGACUUGUUUAUCGAAGUUCGUGUUUUACGCGACGCGGGCAAAAUCAACACAGAAUAUGGCGAACUGAAUCUGACAAAGGGAAACCAGGAGUUUGUACGUCGAUCCGAUGUCGAAACAUUGAUCAAGGCUGGGUACCUCAAACACAUCGCAUAAUUCGGAUUCUCUUAAUCAUUUCACCUUCCAAGUCCUUUCUCUUACCACGCUUAGCCAUCUUUUCCUUCUUAUCCGACACUAGAUCAUCACUACAUGCCCUUCCUUCAUUCGCACCCUUACAUACAAAAGCCAUUGUUCAUGCCAUUCGUAAUACAUAUCUGCAUCCAUUUUUUACAUAUAGAAAGUACCAUAGAUAUCUAACCUAGUUGUACAAUGAAAGCAGUGCUGUCAUUCCCAUGAGUUGCAAUUAUACAGUGUGCUUUUCUGACAUAAUCCACUUCAGCAUAUCAUUCAAAGUACUGUGAAGAGCUCGACUAUGCAAGUUUCACAACAAUCCGAGCUGAAAACCAG